AGAUCAAAAUUUUAGGUGGCGCUGAUAUCGAAAGCGGCCAAGUUCGUCUGGGUUUCGUUUGAUUGACGAAGAUUGUAACGUCAUUUUAGAAAAUACAAAUAACGUAUUUAGAGAAGUUGUUUGACGUAAGGUAUCGACAUGGAUAAGAAAGUGAAAAUUGAUCAAGCCUGUCAGUCAGGAGAAGAAUUUGCAAAAAAGUUUUAUGAAACUUUUGACAAAAGAAGACACGUUGUAUCAAAGUUAUAUUUAGAUGCAGCAAAUGUCACUUGGAAUGGCAAUUCUGUUUCGGGAAAAGAAAAUAUUGGAAAAUUUUUCGAAUCGCUUCCUCCGAGUGAAAGUACAGUUACUUGUAUUGAUGCUCAACCUAUCAAUGAUCAGUUCGUUCAAGGUCAAACAACCGUUUUAAUUACGGCAGCCGGCACCAUGAAUUUCAGCGGAAGAUCUCCUUAUCUUUUUUCGGAAUCGCUACUGAUUACCGCCCAACAGGGCGAGGAGGGCCACGUGUGGAAAGUAGUUUCCGACUGCUUUAGAUUUCACGAACCACUCUGAUGUUAAUGCAAACUGAAUUUUUUUCUGUAAAUACUGUUUUUAAAUGAUGUUUUAAAUAAAAAUGCUUGUUAUAAUUCACGUUGUCCUUACU